AUGGACUACGAGGCUCUUGAUGGCCACAGUGAUGCUACCAGGGAUAUCGGCAGGGCGGCAGCGCAGUUGUCCACGACACCGUUGGCUCGCGCAACCUCGUGGCACGGUGCAGAGACGGAAGAGGCUACGGCGUCAGAUAUUGCACAACCAGGUGGAUUCCGUCGAGAGUUUGUGAUGCGCCCGGAGGGCUAUGGAACGGUCAGUUCCUUGGAGGCGUCCUCGCCCAGGGGUCAGCUGGCGCAGUAUGCCAGUCGCCCAUUGGUGCCAGAACUUCUCCGCGUGCAGCAGGGAGUCGAAGCAGACGACGACCUUUUGGGUCUCGAUCCCCGCCUGGUGUCUCCCUUGCUGCCUUUCUACAAACCGAUGUACCUCUUGACUCCGGCGAAGGAGCUUGGGGUGUCGGAUCAGUCGCAGCUGGUGGUGAUGAUCUUGAAAGGCUUCCUCGGAGCUUCAGUCUUGUAUUUGCCUCGCAGUUUCCUGAACGGUGGCCUUGCCCUGGGAGCACUGACUUUGGCGGUUGUCUGCGUUCUCGCUAUUGUGUGCAUUCGGCAGUUGAUCGAUUGUGCGGACCGUGUGCUGAUCGAGCGGACCAUCUCCUCCUCCCGAAGUCAGCAGACCUUCAUGGAGGAUGGCAUCGGGCCAUUCGGAAUGCCCUCUUAUGGUGAUCUUGCCGAGGUUGCUCUCGGCAAGCCUGGCCGGGCUGUUGUGGACCUUUCGGUCGCAGCUUCCCAGGUGGGCUUCUGCGCCACCUACUUCGUUUUCGUGAGCGCCAACGUGGCCGAGGUCGUCGGGACAUUGGCUGGCUGCCGCCAUGUGAUCUCACAAGGCAGCCUCUGCGGCCUGCUCGCCCUGGUCUGGCUUCCGCUCGCCCAGAUUCGCCGCCUCAAACACCUGUCGACGUUGAACCUUUUGGCUGACCUUUGCAUUGUCUUGGGCCUUCUGCUGAUUCUGACAGGGGCCUUGACGCACCUGGCCACGACGACGACCCUUUGGGACCUCCUCCGUUGGGCACGCUUCGAAACAUAUCCACUUUGCCUCGGUACGGCUCUCUUCGCCUUCGAGGGCAUAGGGCUCGUUCUGCCCAUGUACGAAGGGACAGACCCCGCGCUGCGCAAGAACUUCAAAGACACCCUGACAUGGACCUUGGCGAUCCUGUGCACCUUUUUCAUCCUCUUUGCUGCAGUAGCUUACCUCUCCUUUGGCUCAACCACGCGCACCGUGGUGCUGUUCAACCUGCGCGUGGGCGGGGAGAAGCGGAUCGUCUCGCAGAUUCUGUUCAGUGCAGCUCUGUUUUGCACAUAUCCAUUGAUGCUGCAGCCUGUGUCAAAGUUGGUGGAGGAUCGAAUGGGCUGGCGAGGCAGUGGCACCGCGGAGAAAGGAAAGGAAGCAAAACGAGACAUGCUACGGGCAGCACUGGUGCUGAUCACGAUGAGUGUUGCCUUGGGUUCGGCGCUGCGGCUGCAGAGUUUGGUUGCGUUGGUUGGCGGCCUCUGCUGCGCCCCUUUGGCUCUGGUCUUUCCGCCGGUGCUGCACCACAAGCUGAUUGGCGGCCAGUGGAAGCUGGAUGCUGGGCUGUCGUUGCUGGGUGUCAUGUUGGCGACUGUAUCCUCUGUUCAAGCCGCCUGGACAUGGGACGUGUAUCAGGAGAUCCCAUACUACUCCUGCAGUGGCAACUGA